GAGACAAUGUCGCAGAUUAACCACUUGACUGAGUUUUGGUCUUGGCUGAAUGUUAAUUAGCCUCUGUCAUCCGCUGCCUUCCAGGUCUUGGGCUGGUUGGCGAUAGCCUCUAUCAUGCUAUCCUCUCUGCUGCUCACCUGUGUGGCCAGGUGCAACUCCCCAGUGAGCUACCUCCAGCUCAAGUUCUGGAAGGCCUACUCUCAGAAGGAAAGCAACUUUCUCGACUGUUAUGCCACCAAGCACGCCGAGAAACUUGCCGAGAGGAACAUCAAGAGCUUUUUUGAGAUGGAAAUACCGGAGCCUUUGAAGACCCCUCCAAGGUACUCGUGGGGAAAGAUCUCCAGGUUUUACAAGUUCGGUACCAUGGAUAAGUAUUACAGCACGGUACACAAGUAUGUGGAGACGUGCAAGAACCCUGAGGACCCUAUGAGAUUCCUUUCGACUAAAUCAGGGGACAGCUCUAACCCAGCAGCCCUGGACUUUGUGGACGAAUGCACAAUGAUGCUGUGAGAUGGAGGUCAUGAGAUCAUUCGGUUGGACAUUUUUUCAAGUGCACAGCAUUUCCAUUUUUAUAAUGUUUUGAAGAAUAUUUGGACUUUUAGAAGUGAACGUUUUUGUACUUCUGCUAAUGAGUAAUAUAAAGUUUACAAAGGUUCAGUUUA